UGACCCGACUCAAAAUGUGCAAAGAAGAAUAAUGGAAGCCCCUGAAUACCUUGAUUUGGAUGAAAUUGACUUCAGUGAUGACAUAUCCUACUCGGUCACAUCCCUCAAGACCAUCCCAGAACUGUGCCGAAGAUGUGAUUCACAGAACGAAGACAGAUCAGUUUCUAGCUCCGGCUGGAAUUGCAGCGUCACGACGCUUAUUACAAACGCGCAGAAGCCCACAGGGAUCGCGGACGUGUACAGUAAAUUCCGCCCGGUGAAGCGCGUGUCCCCGCUGAAACAUCAGCCGGAGACUCUGGACAACAACGAAAGUGAUGACCAAAAGAACCAGAAGGCGGAGUACCAGAAAGGGGGGGACACUGACGCAGACCCCCAACCCGAAGAGCUCAGCCCCGGAGGAGACAGAGAGGGCGGCCCCCAGACUAAGACCGCGGAGACCGCCUUGCUGGGCGAACUGGAGCACUAUGACCUGGACAUGGAUGAGAUUCUGGAUGUGCCUUACAUUAAAUCCAGCCAACAGCUCGCCCCUUUCCCCAAGAUGGCUCCAGAAAAAAGAGUCUUGGGCUUAUGCACAACCAUCAACGGCCUUUCUGGCAAAGUCUGCGCGACAGGAAAUGCUGAGAACUCACCGUCCACCACCACACCGUUCUGUGUCCUUUCUCCUGUGAAAAGCCCUCACCCGAGAAAAGCGUCCUCUGUCCUCCGCGACCAGCCUAAGCUCUCCCCCGAAGACACCGAGAGCUCGCCGCCGCUGGCGAAGUGUGGUUCUGCUGCCUAUGAGCCUGAAAGUCAGAGCAAGGACUUCCUCAGCAAGGCCUUCAGUGACGCUCACGGCCGAAACGUGGAGAAGCCCCUGCCGGACUGCCAGCUCAGGGCCUUCCAUCUGCAGACCUCCGCAGCGGAGCCCAAACUGGAAGAGCAGGUCGGCGGCCUGAGCUGGACCAGCUCCCAAGGCCCCGAAGAAAGGAGUGAGUAUCUGCAAAAAGUAAAAAGCAUCUUGAACAUCGUUAAAGAAGGACAGAUAUCUCUCCUGCCACACCUAGCUGCCGACAAUCUAGACAAAAUCCAUGACGAAAGUGGAAACAAUCUCUUACACAUUGCCGCGUCGCAGGGCCACGCGGAGUGCCUGCAGCACCUCACUUCUUUGAUGGGAGAAGAUUGCCUCAACGAGCGGAAUGCCGAGAAGUUGACUCCAGCGGGCCUGGCCAUCAAGAAUGGUCAGUUAGAGUGCGUGCGCUGGAUGGUGAGUGAAACGGAAGCCAUUGCAGAACUGAGUUGUUCUAAGGAUUUUCCAAGCCUUAUUCAUUACGCAGGUGGCUUUGGCCAGGAAAAGAUUCUUCUGUGGCUUCUUCAGUUCAUGCAAGAACAAGGCAUCUCGUUGGACGAAGUGGACCAAGAUGGCAACAGUGCAGUUCAUGUAGCCUCUCAGCAUGGCUACCUCGGGUGCAUACAGACCUUGGUUGAGUACGGAGCAAAUGUCACCAUGCAGAACCACACGGGGGACAAGCCCUCCCAGAGCGCCGAGCGCCACGGGCACACCCUGUGCUCCCGGUACCUGGUGGUGGUGGAGACCUGCAUGUCACUGGCCUCUCAGGUGGUGAAGUUAACCAAGCAGCUGAAGGAACAAACAGUGGAACGGGUCACACUCCAACACCAGCUCCAGCAACUUCUAGAGGCCCAGAGAUCCGAGGGCAAGUCACUCCUUUCUUCGCCCAGUUUGCCAUGCUCUCCCGCUUCCAGAAAGUCCCAGUGGAAAUCCCCAGAUACCGAUGAUGAGUCUGUAGCCAAAAGCAAACCAGGAGUCCAAGAGGGGAUGCCAGUCCUUGCCAGCCUGUCAGCAUCCAGCCGGGCCAGGGCUAAAGCAAAAGAUGAAGAUUCGGAUAGAAUCCUUCGCCAGUUACUGGGGAAAGACAUCUCAGAGAAUGUCUGCACCCAGGAAAAGUUGUCCUUGGAAUUCCAGGAUACUCAGGCUUCCUCUAGAAAUUCCAAGAAGAUCCCUCCGGAGAAGAGGGAACUGAAGUUAGCCCGACUGAGGCAGCUGAUGCAGCGGUCACUGAGUGAGUCGGACACAGACUCCAACACCUCUGAGGACCCCAAGAGCACACCCGUGAGGAAGGCUGAGCGGCCCAGGCCGCAGCCCAUCGUGGAAAGUGCGGAGGCCAUAGACAGCGCAGAAAGCUUACACUUGAUGAUCAAGAAACACACCUUGGCGUCAGGACGCAGGUUUCCUUUCGGGAUCAAGGCCUCCAAAUCUCUGGAUGGCCACAGCCCAUCUCCCACCUCAGAGAGCAGCGAACCAGACUUGGAAUCCCAUGGUCCAGGCUCAGGGACCACUCCCCCAAACCAGCCCUCUGGAGACCCCACUCUGCCCAGCCCUGACAGCACGGCUGCCCAGAAAGUGGCCACGAGUCCCAAGAGUGCCCUCAAGUCUCCGUCCUCCAAGCGCCGGACAUCUCAGAACUUGAAACUCAGAGUCACCUUUGAGGAGCCCGUGGUGCAGAUGGAGCAAACUGGCCUUGAACUCAAUGGAGAGAAGGACAGAGAUAAGGGCAGGACCCUCCAGCGGACCUCCACAAGUAGCGAAUCAGGGGAUCAGCUAAAAAGACCUUUCGGGACUUUCCGAUCCAUCAUGGAGACACUCAGUGGCAACCAGAACAAUAAUAAUAAUUAUCAGGCGGUCAACCAGCUGAAGACUUGCACACUGCCCUUAACCUCACUUGGAAGGAAGACGACAGACACCAAGGGAAACCCCGUGAGCUCUGCUAGCAAAGGAAAGAAUAAGGCGGAGAAGGCCAGCAGCUGCAUCAGCCUUCCCUCUAACACGCUGACUGAAGAGCAUCUGCAAAACUGCGCACGGCAUAAUGACAUCAAUAGGAGAAUGAAGAAAUCCUACAGCAUAAAGCACAUUGCUGAGCCAGAGCCAAAAGAACUCUUCUUGUAAAUCACUUUUUUACCAUCGCUGCCCUCUGGACACCAUUGGAAACUGGACUCUCCUCUGUGGAAAUAGAACCAUGGGAACAAUGCCUCGCCAGCAGCAGAACAGAGUAUCAGGAUGCCUUAAAUCUAUAGUGGUCGCCUAUAGAAGACACAUUUUGGGGGGUGAUAUUUGUAUAUAUAACUUGUUUUUAAAGAGACAUUCACCAAGCCACUGACGCCGUUUUGUAUUUCAUCAAUUGCAUGAGUGUUUGCUAAUGUUGAUUGAACUUCCCUUUCUCCAUAAUAUGGGCAGUUUGGGCUCCACAUCUCAAUGAGACCAGGCCAGUGGUAUUGUUUUCUGUCAAGAACGUUUUUCUGGCAUUUCUACUUUUUGUGUAAAGGAAAUAAAACAAUGUUAACAGCCACCUAUAAGCUGGGGACACCUACUUUCUAAUAAAUCUCUGAUCUGAUUUCUAAGGGA